GUGAAACGAACACAGACACAGACCAGGAAAUAAUUUCAGUCACUACGUGGAAAGACACACGGACAAAGCGCAGUCUGUCUGUGGGAGAAACCCACUGAAAAACCUCUGUGACAUCUGGAGGCAGUGGACGCAGCGACACGCAGUGUGUGCAGACUGGAGGUUUCAAAUUUCCACAUCAGUUGUGAAAGUUUCAUACUGAACCAUGGCUGGAUCCAAAAUGCUGUUUUAGAGUCAUAAACCCUGCAGGUACCUUCAGGUGGCCUCAGUCUCAUGUCACUUGCUAUCCAACAAUUCUUUGUGAGGCGGUUUAUUUUCAUCCCACAGAAAAUGAAGAGAAUCUCACUCGGCUCAUGUGGCCUCCUGGUCCCAGUGCAGAGAGGAGCAGGUGUGAUGGAAAAUCUCAUUCUAAAGAUGCUGAGCAGCUGAUAGUUUGUCAUCACAGGAGACUUUGAGGCUGAUGUGUCAUUGGCGUUUGGUCUGUGUGCAGAACUCACAGGAGUCUGGAAACAUGGCUUGUACAUCACAGUCUGCCUUAAAUUAUGUCAGUAGAGCCAGAGGGCGCCUUGUGGGAGAAUUACAGAAUCUCUCUGUGAUUCUGGAGAACUUGUAUCAGAAAGGAGUUCUCAGUGAUGAGGAGGUCAGCAAAAUACAGACAGAGCGUGAUGACUUCGAUAGAACCAGAAAAAUCCUGGACAAGGUCAUAAAAAAGGGGGAAGCAGCCUGCUACGAGUUACUCAGAAUUAUUGACGUGACGAGGAAGAGGACUUUAGAGAGGCCGCCUCCUCUCCCUGAGAAAAACACUGGAACUUCCACUGGAACCCAGAAGUUUGACCUGCACCACUGGAUCAGCUGCUUUUCUUUCAAGGAAGAAACGCAAAUGGAUGUGGACUACCUGCAAGGACCAAGACCGUGCCACAGAUAUCAGAAAAAGUUGAAGUUGAAAGCACAGAAAUUAUCUAAAGAGUUUUGGAAUCCAAGUAAAAAACUGUUUGAAGACAAAAGGAGGCCUGAUCUGUCAUACACCUCACUUGUAUUGGAUACACAGAAAAGCCCAUCUCCAUCUAAAAUCAAGAAAUGGAAGAGAAAGAAAAGUAAGAUGAGUCGACCUAAGAAACUGAGGACAUACAUCCCUGAGGACAAACCAGAAAUUUCCCCCACUGACCUUCUGAAAACACAGGAAGACAUCCUCUUGGUCGGGAAGCCUGGAAUUGGAAAGACGGCAGUCGUUCGUGAAAUGUUGAGACUGUGGGCAGAAAAGGACAAGAAGGAGUUAGAUUACAUGUUCUACUUUGACAUGAGGAAAAUGUCCCAAACCACACCCGCUAUGACCCUGAAGGAAUUUCUUUUUAAUAAGUUCAGUGAACCAGAUGUAGGCAUGGAUGAGGUUUUACAGGAUAUAAAGAGUAACUCUGACAAUGUUACCAUCAUUUUUGAUGGCAUCACAGAUCUGUCUCCAUCAGUGGUGGAGGACCUUGUAGAGAAAGAACUACUACCUGAUGCAAAGAUCAUCAUAACAUGCAGACCAGAUGACGAGAAAGACUUCUUCUCUGGGGACUGUCUCAGAGUGGAGGUGAAAGGAUUUAGUGAGCAGACCAUAAAGUCCUACUUAUCUGCAACACUCUGCGAUGCACAGAAGGUUUUGAGCAGAUUGGAGUUGCUGACUCUUUGCCAUGUACCAAUGUAUGCUCUGAUGGUGGCUGCCUGCUCUUCAUCAGAACACUCUCCACAGCCAUGCACUAUAACAGAAAUCUACAUUGACAUUGUUCGUUACUGCCUUCAGGUAAACAGCAACAAAACAGAAGAUCUAAACACCUUCAUCAAAACCAAGAGAGAGGAAAUAUUGUUUUUGGCUGAAAUAGCUUUCAAUGCAACUCAGGGAAAAACUGUGAACCUGAAUGAAGUGCCCUGUAAAGACAGCUGUGUCCUUUCCUUCCUGAAACCACUUUUUAUCAAAGUCAGCCGAACUGAAACAGAAACUAGACACGUAUUCCUCCAUUACACACUGCAGGAGUUUUUUGCAGCCAUGUGGCUCUUAAAGAAUCCUGAUAAAAUCAGGAAUGUUUUUCAGCAGAGCCUCACUGAGGACAAGAAACACAUGAAACAUUUGAUCCCUUUCAUGUGUCGACUGUUGAACAAGAAGAGCCCAAGUUGGAUGAAGUGUCUGGUUCCAGUUGAGGAGCUCAACAGUACAUCUGACUGGUUCUUCAAGGAGCUCAUAACCACAUUUGUCCCAGAUGUGGUUGACACUGAAGACGGUGGGCUUGAUGUCGACACGUUGUUCUUAUGUCAGUGCUUGUAUGAGUCCCAGAGUCCAGAGGCAUGCAUCUACCUUCUAGACAAACUGGACUACCGUCUUGACCUCUGUGGAGAGAGUCUUGAUCCUUACCUCUGCUGUGCUGUGGCCUAUGUGGUCAAUCAGUCGAAGGGACGGAAAAUAUGGUUGAACCUUGAUGAUGUCACGAUAUCAGAGCGAGGAAUGAGACAACUGUUUGGAUGCCUUCAAAAUAUCCAAUGGUGUGACCCUUUGCCACAGCAGCUGUGGAAGAUUUUCCUUCUCAGUGAAGAACAGAUGGACUUUGUCAGCUUACUUAGCCUCAUUGAAAAUCAGCUGCACCUUCCAGUGGAGGGUAAAAAACAGCUGUUUGAAAGAGCUGUGGAAGUCAUGAAGAGGAUGACAACAAAGGUCAAUAUCUGCCUCUACUGGGACAGAGAAACUCUUGUCUGCCAGAGUCUGUGUGAGUCCUUAAUAGAGGCUUUGCCAUACGUCAGCUCACUCAGUUUGUCUUGGGGUUUGUCCUUUUGA